UGAUACUGAACUAUCAAGUUUAUUUAUAAUAUCUCACUUUAUUUAAGAACGAUAUUCUAAAAAACUUUAUCAGUUGACUUAUUGAAGCACCAACAUGAACUGUAAGCUGUUGACGUCUUUUGUACUCCUGUUCGGCUGUUGCCACGCAGCACUCAUCACCGGACAAAACGGCCUCCUCGAUAAAGUCACAGAUUUCUUUGCUAUUGACAACAUCGCCAGUUUGGACGCCAAUGCUCGUGCCAAAGUCCUCAACAACGAAAUAGGUGCUGACCUUUCUGCAGGUAUUGGCAAACAAGGAAUCGGCGCUUACGGUCAAGUUAACGGCGAUGUUCUUGGACAAAAAGCCAAUGUCCAGGCUGAUAUUCUUAACGGACGUGAAAUUGAUCAGCGCAACCACGAAGUAUACAGAGACAACUACGGACGUCAGUACACCCUUAAGCGCGAAUACGUCGGAUCCAAAUUAGUGAUGGUCCGCCAAUAUUUGGACGACGGACAGAUCUACGUUGAAGGCAAAAACGACGACAACGAAAUCCAGUACACACAACCAGACAACAACAAUUAUAUGUGGGACGAACGUACCGGCCAAUACAUCCUCGUCGACCCCAGUUAUCUCCAGUCAGUCAACGGACAAUACAAUCCUUCCAUCUACUAUCCCUCUAACGGACAAGAAGUCAUGUAUCCUAACUCCGGAGACAGAAUGAUGUACCAACCUAAUACACAAGUAGUUUACGAAAAUCAACCCGGAGACUCCAGAAUCAUGUACCAGCCUGGUGGACAAGUAGUUUAUGAAAAGCAGCCUGAACUUGUACUUAGAGAAGGUGGUGGUCUCAUUUCCCGUCUCAGAGACAGGGCUCACAAACUCAUCCGUGGAUAAACAAAUCUAUGAUACUCAAAGAAGUUGAGGACCUCCAAUACUCUGAAGCUAACUCUAAUCAAAGAGCCAAUAAUAAAUUUGAUUAAGUUCUUAAGUUUAUAAUAUUUUAAAAUAAUAAAGGCAUUAAAUUUU